CUCCGCCGUGCAGUCCGCCUGGUCCCACCACCUGCGCGCGGGCAUGGUCACACUGCACAAGCGAGUGAUUUAUAAAUAUUCGAAGAGGCAGGGCGAUAAUUAUAAUUGAAGCAGCGUUGUGAGAUGCCAGCCGAAGUCCAGGCCAGGCUGUGAGUGUUCAGGAUCGGCUGAGAGCAGGAAGCGCACCCUCUGCGGGAUUAGCAACGGCUUACCAGCCAGGAUUACCAGCCUCCGAAGGCAGGGGCAACAACAAAAGACUCCCGAGAAGUGACGCCAUUUUCAUUGCGAAUAAAGAGCAGGUGGGGCAGACAAUAGAUAUACCCCUUAAAGAGCCCACAUAACACACGCUGAGUGUAUAGAGCAGCACAUAGGCCAUUCACGAUGAGCAGCCUGAUCAACUUCCUCAAUCCGAAGCUGAAGCCCUCCGUGGAGAGCGACGCCGUCUGCGAGGAUGGGUACACUGCAGCCAAUCUGGUGGCCGACGACAUCGAGCAGCUGGAGCGUGGAUUCAUGUGUUUCGCCGUCUGCAAGCCGCCCAUUGAGAUCGUCUUCGACUUCCCCAAGGCGGUGGACAUGAAGGUCAUCAAACUUUGGCCCUCCUGUGGUGCCCUACGAUCCACUGCCUUCGAAUUGCACGGACGACACGACGGCAUUUGGGAACGGGUGGCCUUUGUGCGCGAUCUGGGGCGUGGCGUGGAUUCGGUGACCUUCUGCUACCAGAGCGACUACAACUCGCGGAGCAGCUCCAACUCGGAGCAGAGCGAGAAGGUGUUCUUCUUCAAGUCCGCCCACAAGAUCCUGGCCAGCACGAACAGCGUCAAGGUGGUAAUACGGGCCACGGAGCGGUGUCCUCCGGUCCUGAGGAAAGUUCAGAUGUGGGGACUGCCCGCCCGUUCCCUGGACAAAGCCGAUCGGGAGCUGGUGAAGACCAUCUGGAGCGAGAUUAGCGAUCCCUACGGCCAGAGGGACGCGGCCCAGACGCCCACCGGGCAGAGAUCACCACCGCGAAAUGUUCCAGAGCUCAGGGAGCAGUCGACGCUCUCCAUUCCUGAGGAGUUCCUCGACUCCAUCACUUGGGAGCUCAUGAUCUUUCCCACCGUGCUGCCGUCUGGAAAAGUGGUGGACCAGUCCACCAUCGACAAGCACGCCGAGGAGGAGGCCAAGUGGGGUCGCCAGCCCUCGGAUCCAUUCACAGGCCUGGAGUUCAAUGCGCAACGCAAGGCGAUUCUCAAUCUGGCGCUAAAGGCGCGCAUCGAGAAGUUCCUCAUGGAGAAUUCGGAGCACUUCAAGGCGGUGCCCCGCUCGCUGGGCACCUCACGCCAGCGUCGUCGUCACGCCUCGCAGUUCGCCAGCAGCACCUGCCAGCCGGGACAGAUAAGUCCGGCUGCGGGAACCUAUUCGGCACUAAGCAGCGCCUACAAGCAGCAGCAGCGCAAGAGCAGGGCCACUGCCACGGCCACAUCCUCAUCGGCGGCAUCCUUCGUGGGAUCGCCGCACUCGCCGCCGGCGGCCAAGAGAGCAAGGCACAGCCAUCACGGUAGCGCCUGUGCCACGGUGACCUCGACCACAACCUCCAUCGAGCAGGCCAUCCAACAGGCGCUGCAGAAGGUGACGCGGUUUAGCCAGUUGGCAACGAACUCCAGCGCAGGCUCGGGAUCAUCAAGUGCUCCACCCGCCAGCUGCAUCAACUGCCGGAGCGCGCAGUUCGGCUACGAGAUACGCACCUGCCGCCAUCUGGUCUGCCGGGAGUGCCUGGUGCUGCUCUCGCAGGAUCAGCAGUGCGUGUGCAAAGUAUUCUUCCGCUGCGCCGACGUGGAGCGCUACCACAAGCUGGAUCCUUAAGAGCUUCCUCGUACUUUUCGCCAUCGACCACCUGCCGUCGAUUGCCGCAAUAAGUUUGGUUUCCCCCACCCCGUUUGGUUCAGUUUGUAAGCCAGUCAAUCGCUUUAGCCCCUAGGCCUCGUCUACGUUAGUUUAUAGUCAUAUCAGAACAGAGCAGAGCAGAGUCGGUCUGGUCGCAGAAUCGCAAAUCGCAGUUAAGCCAAAUGUGUACACGCGCGAGUCUUUCCCGAUUCGGCAGUAUGUAUCAGUAUCAGGUCACGUUUAGUCAUAGAGCAGAUUACGGAUUACCGAUUAGCAAUAGAGAGUGCGCGCCUAGUUUUUGUAGACACUUUAUAUACAGUCCCCAAAAGACAGGAUCGUUCAGCGCGAGUUUAUAUAUUCAUACCAAUUCUACCUAGAAUAAAGUACAAUAAAACCUAA